AGCACUCAUUGGUCACGGUUGAUGGUUACACCAUCACUAUGCCACUCAUCAUCAAAACCCCUCUCCUCUCCUCUCCUCUCCUUUUUGCCAGACUGCCACUCUCUCUCUCUCUCUCUCUCCCUCCUUAUUUCAAUUUCCAAUUGUUCUAAAUUCUUGGAGCCAUGCCCAUGGGUGAUAUGGAUUGGAUGGAUGGAACUGUAGUUGUAGACUUGUAGUUUAUUAAUAAUUGCCGACCAUAUAGCAAUGUCCGUAAGAGAAGCGCAAACUGAGGAGGAGUAGUGGAAUUACAAGUGUCUCAGCACCCCAACACAACGCUGACCACUUGCCGGCGGCACUCAUCCAUUCCAUUUCCAAUUUCCAAUCUCUCAAUUUCAAUUUCGCAUUCCGGCCUCUACAGUUCUGUCUGGGUAUGACUAUAUAUAUGUCUCCGGCGAUGAUGGUGACGGUGAUGCAUCUGUCUCCGGCGAGCUCCUGAACUGCUAUAAAUCCAUCCACGUCUUGUUUGGAUACACGUAUAUUUAUUAUAGGUAUAGCCAUUGCAGCUGUCAGGUGGAGAAGAAAGAAUGCUGACGUGUAUAGCUCGUUCGAAGCAGGGCGCCGAUGGAUCGCUUCAUCAACUCGAAGAAGCCGAUAAUAAGCAACCGAUAAAAUCCCUCACCUCACAGAUCAAGGACAUGGCGCUGAAGGCAUCGGGAGCGUACAGGAACUGCAGCCCCUGCACGUCGACUCAGCAGAGGCAGGGGAAGGUGUGGAUAGAAUCGGAAUCAGCGGCAUCGGACAGGUUCCGGUGGUCGUAUCGGAGGACGGGGAGCUCGAAUUCGGGGGGGUCGAGGCAGUGGGGGAAGGAAAUGGAGGCCAGGCUGAAGGGGAUGUCGAGCGGCGAGGGGACGCCGGCGGCGUUGUCGGCGAGUGGGCGGCGGGUCGAGCCGGUGGUGUUCGUGGAGGAGAACGAGCCCAAGGAGUGGGUCGCACAGGUGGAGCCCGGCGUUCUGAUCACCUUCGUUUCGAUGCCACGUGGCGGCAACGAUCUCAAGCGCAUUCGCUUCAGCCGAGAUAUGUUUAACAAAUGGCAAGCUCAAAGGUGGUGGACAGAGAACUUUGACAAGGUAAUGGAACUCUAUAAUGUGCAGAGGCUAAACCGCCAAGCUUUCCCGCUUCCAACCCCUCCCAGGUCUGAAGAUGAGACCACUUCAUCCCAAUAUUUCCCGGCCAACAAUUGCCAUUUUACUGCCUCUCAGUGUUCAAAACUUGAGUCAGUUGAAGACAGCCCGGUUACUCCACCGCUGAGCCGAGAACGCCUGCCUCGUACCAUGUACCGGCUUAAUGGAACCGUGAUUGGAAACUCAUCCUCAGAUUCACUUGAACAAUACUACCCAGCGCAAUCGCGCUACAACUAUGACUCAGGUUUGACCUCGACCCCAAAACUCUCGAGCAUUAGUGGAGUCAAGACAGAGACAUCGUCAAUAGAUGCCUCCAUGAGAACUAGCUCGUCGAGGGAUGCAGAUCGCUCUGGGGAGCUAUCUAUCAGCAAUGCCAGUGACCUAGAGGCUGAAUGGGUUGAACAGGAUACACCAGGGGUUUACAUUACCAUCAGGGCUCUGCCCGGUGGCAAACGGGAACUCAGACGUGUCAGAUUCAGCCGAGAAAAGUUUGGGGAGGUGCACGCCAAACUCUGGUGGGAAGAGAAUCGAGCCAGGAUACACCGGCAAUACUUGUGACUGAUCGAUGGAUCGAUCAGCACAGCACAAACAGAAUGUGUAACUAUCUAUGGAUAAUAUAUGGAUUUGAGAUGGUGUUUGUUCCGCUGAAUGGCAGGAUCGAAGUGGGGCCUCUUCACAGAGUUUUUCUUUGUUGUUGUUGGCCCAUGCUGUUCAAGUGUCUCCUCGUACGUCUUUAAGCAUAUACCUAUAUAUAUAUCUACAUAUAUAUAUAUAUAUUUCUAUUUAUAAGUAUAACUCGACGCUGCUGCUGCUGGCGGCAACCUUACUUGUAUUAUUAUGGGGGUGGGGGGCGACCAGCAGCAGCAUGCAUUGUUUGCAAGUGAGCUGCUCUCAAGCUUUUCUAAAACUGUGAUGGCCAAAGGAUAUGUGGGUUUCUGUAUUUGGGAUCUUAGUGGGUAUUGGUUAUACAAUUCCAAGUUGUAUGUUUGGGAAACAUUAAAUUUUGAAACACAAGACAAUGUAAUCUUUAAUUAGUUUCAUGUUUAUUCUCUCUGUUACAA